CUUGGGUCUUCCUCGGGGCUAGAGUGGUGGAGGGUGACUGCCGAUAACUCAGGGUGGUGUGCUGCUAUCCAAUGAAACUGCUCUACGUGCACCUUGAGAAAAGUGUCACAUCUGGAAAUUUCUUUGAAGAUCCCUCUACAGUGUUUUAACAUUCUGAAGAGAUUGGCCUUUGUGUUUGGAAUUCCUGUUAUUCUUGAGCCAUGGAGUCCAUUGCUUUCCUUGACACUGUUGGAGUGGGAGACCUGGUGCUCUUGGACCCACUAACAGAAGACACAGUGAUGUGGAAUCUGGAGGAACGCUUCCGGCAUAAGGAAAUCUAUACAUACAUUGGAAACGUGGUGAUCUCAGUGAAUCCGUAUGAGCCUCUGCCCAUUUAUUCAGAAGAGAAGGUGGAAGAAUAUAAGGACUGUAACUUCUUUGCUGUAAAACCCCACAUCUAUGCAAUUGCGGAUGAUGCCUAUCGCUCAUUAAAAGAUCAGGACAAGGACCAGUGCGUUCUUAUCACCGGCGAGAGUGGGGCUGGCAAAACAGAGGCCAGCAAACUAGUGAUGUCAUAUGUGGCAGCUGUAUGUGGAAAAGGAGAGCAGGUGAAUCGUGUCAAGGAGCAAUUACUGCAAUCCAACCCUGUACUGGAAGCCUUUGGGAAUGCAAAAACCAUACGCAAUGACAACUCUUCGAGAUUUGGCAAAUACAUGGAUAUUGAAUUUGACUUUAAGGGUGAUCCUUUGGGUGGUGUCAUCAGCAAUUACCUGCUAGAGAAAUCUCGAGUGGUGCAUCAUGUGAAGGGCGAGAGAAACUUCCACAUCUUCUAUCAGCUUCUGUCUGGAGCUUCUGACCAGCUGCUCAAACAAUUAAGGCUGGAGCGAAACUGCAAUCUUUAUGACUACCUUAACAGAGAGGCCUCAAACCUGCAGGGUAUGGAUGAUGCAGCCAAUUUCAAAGUUGUUCAGGAUGCAAUGCGAGACAUUGGCUUCUCCCCAUCAGAGAUGACAGCAGUGCUGGAAGUGACAGCUGUUGUCCUAAAACUGGGCAACGUGCAGCUGCGGGAACAAUAUCAAGUCAGCGGGGCAGAGUCUUGUGGUAUCCAAGAUGACAAAGUACUCCGAGAGAUCUGUCAGCUGAUCCAGGUGGAUGAAUCUGCACUGGAGCAAGCUUUGUGUUCUCGCACAAUGGAAACCAAUCAAGAGAAGGUGGUGACAACUCUGAGUGUACCACAAGGUUACUAUGUGCGGGAUGCCCUGGCAAAGAACAUGUAUAACCGGCUAUUCAACUGGCUGAUUAACAGGAUUAAUGAGAGCAUCAAAGUGACAACAACUGAACGCAAGAAAGUGAUGGGUGUUCUGGAUAUUUACGGCUUUGAGAUUUUUCAAGACAACAGCUUUGAGCAGUUCAUUAUCAAUUACUGUAAUGAAAAACUCCAGCAGAUCUUCAUCCUGCUGACCCUGAAGGAAGAGCAAGAGGAGUACAUCCGGGAGGGCAUUACUUGGACUUCUGUGGACUAUUUUGAUAACAGCAUCAUCUGUAACUUGAUAGAAGAUAACACAGGUGGGAUCCUGGCCAUGCUGGAUGAGGAAUGCCUUCGCCCAGGGAAGGUAACUGAAGCUACAUUCCUCAACAAACUCAAUGUCACAUUUAAGGAUCAUCAACGCUAUGAGAGCAGAGUUACACAGAAUGCCAAGCAUAUAAUGGACUCCAGCUUGUCUGCAAACUGCUUUCGUAUUCAUCACUAUGCUGGCAAGGUGACCUACAACGUGGCUGGAUUCAUAGAGAAGAAUAAUGACCUGCUCUUUAGAGACCUGUCACAGGUUAUGUGGAAGGCCAAGCAUGCAUUGUUGCACAGCCUCUUCCCCGAAGGGGACCCCCAAAAGACCUCACUCAAACGUCCACCCACUGCUGGUUCCCAGUUCAAAGCUUCUGUAAUGACCCUCAUGAAGAACCUCUACUCCAAGAACCCUAAUUAUAUCAGGUGCAUCAGGCCCAAUGACAUCCAGAAGCCUGCUGUUUUCACAUAUGCAUUGGUUCAGGCACAGAUACGCUACCUUGGACUGUUGGAGAACGUGCGUGUUCGUCGGGCUGGGUAUGCCUACCGGCAGGCCUAUGAACCAUGUCUGGAGCGCUACAGGAUGCUGUGCAAGGAGACCUGGCCACAGUGGAAAGGAGGUGCAAGGGAUGGUGUUCACACCCUUUUGAGCAGUUUGGCCAUCAACCCCAAGGAGCUGGCAUAUGGACACAAAAAGAUCUUCAUCCGAACACCAAGCACACUUUUUGAACUGGAGAGCAAACGACGACAACGAGUGCAGGAGCUGGCUGCUCUCAUCCAAGCUACUUUCCGAGCAUGGAAAUGCCGAAGACACUAUCAACAGAUGCGCAAAAGCCAAAUAGUUAUCUCUGCCUGGUUCCGGGGCCACACACAAAAGAAGAAGUAUGGAAAGAUGAAAACAUCAGCUCUUCUUAUCCAGGCCUAUGUCAGAGGCUGGAAGUCUCGUAGGCUUCUACGGGAGCUGAAGAGACAGAAACUCCAGAUUCAGUCUGCCACCAUCAUUUCUGCUUACUGGAAAGGUUAUCAGACACGUAAGGAGUACAAGAAAUAUUUCCGUUCUGGGGCAUCUCAGUGCAUCACCAGUUUUAUCUACCGGAGCCUGGUGCAGAAAUUUUUCUUAGAUCUGAAAAACAACCUCCCUUCCAUGAAAGUGACUGAUCAGGCUUGGCCCUCUGCCCCAUAUAAAUUUCUUACAGAUACUAACCAAGAGCUGAAGAAGAUCUUUCACCACUGGAGGUGUAAGAAAUAUCGGGAUCAGCUGCCACCCCAGAAGAAAGAAGCCUUACAAGGCAAACUGUGUGCCAGUGAACUUUUCCGAGGGAAGAAGAGUUUGUACCCUAAGAGCCUCUCACAGCCUUUCCAAGGGGAAUACCUGAGUCUGAAGGAGAAUCCCAAAUAUCGUAAGCUCCAAACCACAGCUGAUGGCAAGCUGGUCAUGGCUGACAAUGUGAGGAAGGUCAACCGAGGUGAUGGAAAGGCUUCUCCUCGAAUCUUUAUUCUUACCAAAAGUCACAUCAUCCUGGCUGAUCCCAAGGCAGCACAGCCAAAGACAGUGAUCACCCUGAGUGACAUAGACAGCGUCUCGGUCAGCCGCUACUCCGAUGGUUUUUUUGUUCUUCAUAUCAGAGAGUCUUCCACUGCAGGCACCAAAGGAGACUUCCUGCUUAUCAGUGACCACCUGAUUGAACUGAUCACUCGACUCCACCAGACCAUGCUGGAGGCCACAAACCAAAAACUGAAACUUGAAGUGGCUGAUGAGUUUGAGCUGAAGUGUAAACAAGAUAGCAUUGCUGUCAAGGUGGUGGAGACUGCUAAGAAGGAAGGCACGGUGCCAGUCUGCAGGAAGAAAGGCAGCCGAAAACUGGAGUUGUUGGUUUACUGAGACUCUUUAUUCAGGUACAGCUAUCUGAAAUAUAUUCAGAAAACUAAUCAAUGCCAGUUUCUCUGCUGAAAGACAGAAACGACAGCUUGGGCCUUAUACUUUCAAAAAUGGCACUUCUCCUGUGGAAGCCUUAAUUUGGGAAGAUGAGGGAAAGAGACUUACUAAAACAAUCAAGAGAAAUGAAAUGCCACGUCUGCAUCAUUGAAAGCCAAAAUGAAUUUUGGGCCUUCAAAAUGCUGAACAAUCACAGGUCUGUGCUCUCUUGAAGGAUCCAAUCAUCAGGCGCUGUACUUGGGGAAUGGAGGAGAGUCUCUCCUCCGUUGUUCUUUUCUUCACUCACUCCUUAUCCACAUUCCUGUUGACCAUGUUUCAUCAACCCAUAUGUAAUUAUUCUCCAGGAACACUUCUGUCUGUGGUUGUUUUGAGAUAUAGAAAGUAAUUACAAAAAGAAAAAUGCAUUAAAUUUUC